AUGCCCCACCUGAACCCCCGUCAGCGCCAUGCAAGAAACUUUAAUCGACGGCUAGAUGGCUCGUUUUGGCAGCUUCGACUUAACCACGAGUUGUCUGUGAGAACUAACGAGAACGAAGUGAGGUCGAUGGGGGAGGUCUACUUGAAGAACGAGCACAAGGAGGAUUUUUUGGGGCGAACCAAGCACGCAGAGGCCGAGGUGGUGAGCUGUAUGAGGUCGAGCGUCUGUAUGCAAAGCGGUGGAGAGCUCACAUGGGAGCCCUCGCGAAACAUCCCGUGGCGCAUUCGCCUUCCGUUCGAGCGAGAAUCGGUCAACUUCGUGUGGGUGUAUCAAUCGACAAGAGGUCGAUGA